CCUCCCUGAGCGCGCCCCUCCCCCUCCGGGUCUUUGCUCUCCGUCUCCCGGGUCCGAAGGCGCCCAUGCUGUUUCGUUUCGGGGUGAUUCUGCCCGCCCGGCUGGCUGAAGGCGGGACGGUACUUUGCGUGUCGGGGUCUCGGCCGGAGCUGGGUCAAUGGGACCCCAAGCGUGCGCUGGCCAUGAAGCCUGGCCGGCCGCUGGCUCCCUUACCUGCUCAAGAACCAGUCUUGUGGCUCGCCGAGGUGGCGGUGCCCGAGGAAGAGGCCGCGAGCACAUUUUGGUACAAAUUCCUCAGGCGGCUCGAGACAGGAGACGCCGUCUGGGAAGGUAAUGGACCCCACCAUGAUCGAUGCAGCAUUUAUAACCCAUGCAAUUUAGUUGAUGGAGUUUACUGCCUCCCAAUAGGGCACUGGAUUGAAGUUUCUGGGCAUACGGAUGAAAUGAAACAUACUACUGAUUUCUAUUUUAAUAUUGCUGGACAUCAAGCUAUUCACUGCUCCAGGAUUUUGCCAAAUCUGUGGUUAGGAAGUUGUCCUCGUCAAGUGGAGCAUGUCACUGUCAAGCUAAAACAUGAGUUGGGUAUUACAGCUAUAAUGAACUUCCAGACCGAAUGGGAUGUGGUUCAGAAUUCCUGGGGAUGCAAUCGCUAUCCAGAACCAAUGAGUCCAGAGAUUCUCAUGAAGCUGUACAGAGAUGAAGGCCUUGCUUAUGUCUGGAUGCCAACACCAGACAUGAGUACUGAAGGAAGAGUACAGAUGCUGCCUCAGGCUGUCUACCUCCUGCAUGGGCUGCUGGAGAAUGGGCACACUGUCUACGUUCACUGCAAUGCAGGUGUUGGUAGGUCCACAGCUGCAAUUUGUGGCUGGUUAAAAUAUGUGCUGGGAUGGAACUUGAGGAAAGUGCAGUAUUUCGUAGCCUCCAGAAGAGCAGCCAUCUACAUUGAUGAAGAAGCUCUGGUCCGUGCCGAGGAGGAUUUCUUCCAGAAAUUUGGGCCGCUCCGUUCCUCGUUCAAGCCUUAGCAGCAGCAGCAAAAAUUGCUAGCAGCAUCGCCAGGCUCAUACUUCUGAGAAAUCAUGGCCUUAGCUCCAAAAGGCUACCACUGCCUGAGGAAGUAGCGGGAUGAAAAUUUGAGUGAAUGCGUGUGCAGCAGUCAGGACACAUUAUGAUUAUGUAGCCAUUUUAGAGAAGGAGAAUUCACAUUGAUUGGUACAUUGAUUACUGUUUGGGAGGCAGACUAAUUCUAGUUUGCCCGCUCCUUCAUGUCUCAGCCCUUUGCAGGACCUGGGCUGGGAAGCUAAGCAGGGUCAGGCCUGCUUAGUACUUUGAUGAAAGACCUCUGGGGAAUGCCAGGGCUGUAUCUACAAGAAGGUAGUGGCAAACCAUUUCCAUACUGCUGCCAAGAAAACGACAUGGACAUGUAACUGCCUGAAGCCGAGUUCAGCUUCCUAUCAUUCACAAGCAAUUAUUUAGCAUUAUUGUCGAUUUUCUAACAGAACUCCACAUAUGCCUAUACAAAUACACAUAGCCUGGCAGCUACCCUAGGAAAGAAACUGCAGAUUUAGCCCAUUUGUGCACUCCGUUCAUUAUCUGGUUAUGGCUAAGCAUAUGAAACUUCAUAAACAUUCUGACCCACACAGCAUAUUUGAUAGAGAUGAGCAAUGUGAAGUGUAGCAAGCAGCACCUCCAAUGUCAAAUCCUCCAGAUUUGUUAUAAGCCCCAUCUUGGCUAACCUUGGAAGCUGAGGUGAUGGGAGCUGUAAUAUAACAGUUGUGUAAAGGAAAAGAAACAAUUCUGUUGUGCUCCGCAGUGUGGGAGGAGAGUUGUGUUAGUCUAUGAUGGCCAAAAAAUCAGAGGGACUUUGGUACUAUCUCUUCCAUUUAACAAAUUUUAUUAAAAGGUACAGGCUUUUGUGAGCUGAAUUAUGCAUUACAGUUGUUAAUUGAUAAGGAACUUGUACUCUGUCUCACGUGUAUCCUGUAUCUGCAUGGCUCACCUGUCUUCCCCUCCCUUCCCCGCUCUUGCCUCACCCCAGUUUAACUCCUUCAUCAGUCUAGCCACUCUGUGCAUUGGAUGAAGUGAGCUGCAGCUCAUGAGAGCCUGUGUGCCUUUUACUAAAAUUUGUUAGUCAGAAAAAGUGCUACCAAACUCCUGGUUUUAUGCUUCACAGUGGAAACUGUUACAAAAUAAUAAAUCAUAGCCAUUUCUUCUCACAUA